AUGGCCAAAUUGGUGAGGAAGCCCGGCCAGCCACGGCCGCUUCGCGCCGUCCUGCUCAGCGUCUUCGCCUUGGCGGUCGCUAUGUUGUGCACGGCCCUGGCGUGGUCUUAUCUUCGCGGCACGGCGCCCAGCUGCAUACCCUCGCCGGGCGCCACGGCGGCGGGGGCGCCUGGCCGCGCCACAGCGGCAGGGGCACCUGGCCACACUGCGGCGGCAGGGACCAGCACAAAACAAGCACACCCGCAGCCUGUUGUCUUGCUGAUGGUUGGGCGAACAGGGAGCAGCAUCCUGACAGAUGUUCUCAACCGGCACCCCUCCGUGUUGUUUGUGGGAGAGAUGUACAACCAUCCCAAGUUUUGGGUGCCCAAGCAGGACGUGGAGGGCUUCUACCUAAAAGGGCGCUACCGCCGAGUGUAUGAGCGCUGGUUGCACAACCAGGUGCACCGUGACAGGGUGCCGCAGAAGCAGUACGAUGCUCUGCGGUGGGUGGGGAUGAAGGUCAACACCAGAACGGCCCAGUUUGCGCCCGGCACCCCACACUGGAAGGUGCUGGCAGGAAUGCAUCCCAAGGUCCUCUGCCUCCACCGCCGCAACGACGUCAAGGCUGUCAUCUCUGAGCACCGAGCCCUGACUUUAGCCAGCCUGUGCAAGACCUAUAGCCAUGUGCCGGGCCACAACUGCACCAUCCCCGCCAAAUGGCGCAUGGAUGUGCCCACCUUCCGCGAGUCGCUGGCGGAGCGCUUGAACACGUCGAGGCGGCAUCUGGACGUGUGCCGAUAUGCCGCGGCUCGACACACAACCCUCAUGCUGGCGUAUGAGGAUAUUCUUGAUUUUGGCCUGGCCAGGACCGCAGACCGGCUGUUUGAGUUCCUUGGCCUAGCGCCGGAGGAGCGGGGAGAGUUGGUGGCGGGCAUCCGCAGCGGCACCGAGCCGGUGGCAUUUGAGAAGACGACACCCGACAACCUGCACAAUUCAUUAGAGAACAUCGACGAGCUCAUUCUUGCAGCGCGAGAAAUCCGUCCACCCUCGGCAUGCUUGCGGCACAGCGGCGGCAGCGGCGGCGGCAGCGAGACGGCCUCGCUGCGCAGCGGCGGCGGAGAGGCGUCGGCGAGCGUGCGGGCCUCCAUGCAGGCGGCCUGCCCCUCGGAGGCGGGCUCAACCAAGUCCAGCGUCACCCUGGAGUCAGUGAUGAGCCAGCUGUACCACGCCGCGCCGCGGAAUGGUCCCAGCCAGUGCCGCGUGCUGCUGCCGGGGCUGGACCUGAUGGAGCACGGCCUGCACCAUUUGGACCUGCAGUCAGAUGGCGGCGACUUGCCGGUGGUCAGCGCCCCGCGGGGCGUGGACCUGCGGGUGGCCAUCAGCCAAGCCAUCUCUCUGCACCUGGAGACCAGCAGCAGCUCGGUGCACGGCGCUGCGGCCGCGUACCAGCAGCCGCAGCAGCAGCAAGGGUCGCUGCCGGGGACCCCUGCCAGCCUGCCCUGCGGGCUCAGCUCUAGCGGCGGCACCCCGCUGGUGCCGGUCCGGCUUGGGCCAUCCCCGCAGGCUGGCCUGGCAGCGGCAGACGAGCAGCAGCAGCAGCAGCAGCAGGGACAGGUUGGGGCGGGAGCACGGCAUGCGCCCCUGCCGCCUGCUCCCCAUGGCAUGCGGUAUGCACGUGCCAGCGGCGGCGGCUCUUCCCCUUCACUACCGGCAAUAUUGGAGCCGGGAGGGCCGAGUGCCCCCUUCAGCGGGCUGCUGCCCUCGCUGGAGCCGCCCGCAAGCAGUCGCGUGGCGGGGGCGGAGGAGGCAGCGGGCGCCGCCGCUGCGGAGCCGGCGGAUGCUGCGCCAGGAGGAGGGGCGCAGGGGGAGCGGCCACGUGCCACAACCUGGGACCAGCUGGACCUGCUGCCAGGCGAGCCGCCGCCGGUGCGGCUGGCUGGGGGCCGCCCCUGGUCCUACGAUGGCGCCGCCAGCACGGCCCUCCUCAGCUCGCCACGCGCGCUGCGCCCCUCGCCCAUUGACAUUGCCUACCGCGCCCGGGCAGCGGCGCGCAUGUGGCCCAUGCUGGCACCCUUUGUGCCCCGCAUGCUGCGGCGCUACAUCCUGCGGUCCCACCCGCCGCCGGGCAGCAGCCUGGUUGGGGACGGCAGCCCUGUGCACGACAGCAUAGGCAAGGCUCUCGCCUCAAAAGCGGCGGCGCCGCCUCAGAGUCUGAGCCGUGUGAUGCGUCCCUGCAUGGACACCUUCCCAGCUGCCGUGAUGGUGGCCGAUGUGAGCGGCUUCACGGCGCUGACGGAGACGCUGGGCGCCAAGGGCAGCGCGGGGGUGGAGCUGCUCACCAAGUGCAUGAACAGAUACUUCACGCAGGUGAUCGACCUGCUGCUGCUGUACGGCGGCGACGUGGAGAAGUUUGCCGGGGACUGCAUGAUUGUGGUGUUUGUGCCCACGCUGGCGGAGGUGGCGGGGUCGGACGAUGGCGGCCUGGCGGCGGCCACCCUGCGUGCCGUGACGUGCGGCGCAGAGCUGACCGAACGUUUCGGCGCCAUGCGCAUGCUCCCAAACGGCGAGGUCGUCGCCAUCCCCGCCGCGGAGCGCUGGGCGGCGGAGGAUGAUGCGUACAGGCAGGCGGCGGCUGAUGCUGGGACCCCGACGGGCGAAGGGCAGGGGCGCCUGCACCAGCACUUUGACACAAUCAAGGACAUGAUAGGGGCGGCUCCCAACCUGCUGGCGCGCCCCACCGGCAGGGCGCUGUCUGUGGCGCACGGCAGCGCGAGAGUGGCAGCCCAUGCUGCCGGCAGUGGGGCGCGCAUGGCGAGCAUGGCGGCCGGCAGCAGCGCCAAGGCGGCUGCGUCGGCGCUGGGGAAGGCUGCGGCUGCCCCGCAGCGCCGGCUGCGCAGCGCCAGCGCCAGCAUCGUGCAGCGCGCCUCGGGCAAGGCCCCAGCCAGCGCAUUUGCUGUGCUGGCUGCUGUCGGUAGCCUCGAUGCCAGCCCAGACAUCAGCCGCAGCAGCAGCAUGGGCAGCGGGCUGCUGCGCUGCAACUCCUCCCCCGACGGCCGCUUGCUGGCAGAGGCAGCCGGCGCCCUGGCAGCCGGCGAGGGCAAGGCGGUUGCGGCACCUGAGCCGCUGCCGCAGUCGCCGCUCUCACCGGUCCGCGCCAUUGUGCGGCAGGGCAGAAACCUUGCGUCUGCGGUGAUGAGCCGGCUGUCGCGCAGCUCAUCGCCCGGCGUCCUGCCAGGCCGCAGCCUGCAGCAGGCCGGACACCAGGGCAGCGGCGGGGCGCCAGCGGCAGAGGGGCAGGAGGGGAUGAUGGGGCCAGAGGCAUCGGCCGGCACAUCUGGCAGCGGCGGGGAUGCGGCAGCGGGCGCAGCCAGGGAUGCGUCGGAUGAGCGCUUGCAGCGCGAGCGCCGGCUGCAUGAGCAGGCGCUGGCAGAGCUGGUGGUGCUGGCAGGACCUGCUUCGGCGCUUCGGCCGCCCGAGCUGCCAUCCGCUGCCGGCACUGCUGAGGCGGCAGAGCAGCGGUACCAGGAGCAGCUGGCGCAGUACCGGCGCACCUCGCUGCCCCACGCUCGCCUGGCAAAGACAGCGGGCAUCAGCACCGGCCUGCGCCCCGUGAGCCGCACUUCCACAGCCCCACCCGAUGUGGGGGAUCUGCUGAGCAGCAUCGCAGCGGAGCAUCAGCGCCAGAUGGUUCAGCAGGCAGACCCACCACCGCAUCCCACCCAGCGCGCCGGCGGCCCAGGUGCCCUCACUGCUGCACGCGGCAGCAGCAGCGGGUCGGGGGAGCAAGCCCCGGUCAGGUCUGUGGCUGGCAGCCCUAGCAAGCCUGCCCAGGGCAUGCAGCAGCUAGCGUCUGUGCCCUCGGGCUCGGCGCUGGAGCUGGAGAAGCAUGCCGAGCAUGCCAGCGAUGUGGCGGCAGCCAUGGGCAGUAGCCAGGACCUGGAGCCCUUCACCUCGGCCACCUCUGCAGCUGCCACGCAGCUGCUGCUGAAUGACAGCGCUCACCAGGGAGGCCCCGGCGACUGGGGCACGGCGGCGGCGCCAAGCAACCGCUCGGCGGCUUGGACCACCCAGCUCAAGCGCCGCCCGUCCGUCGUGCGCAGGCUGCUGAGCGCCGCGGCCGGGCCCUGGCGGGGGCGCAGCGUGAGCAGCUCGCCCGAUGCGCAGCACGUGGCGCAGGCCGGCGACGCCAGCGUGGCAGACUGCCAGGACAGCAGCAUGAGCGGGGCCAGCCUCGCGCCGUGGUCCGCCAGCCUGGCUGAGCUGUCCAAUGGCCUGGGCCUGCCCGGCACCAUUUCUCCCUCGUCAUGCAGCCCCCCCAGCGUCAGUCGGUUUGGGGGGCACGGCCAGGACAUGCAUCGAAGCCUGGACCUGCGGCGCAGCUACGAUUCGCGGCACAGCCACGGCAGCCGUGACUGGCGGCGCUCCUAUGGUGGCGCGGCAUCUGGCGUCGCGCCCACCGCAGCGGCAGCGCUGCUGCAGGGCAGCACGUAUGCGCAUGCAGACGUGCGCAGCGGCGAAGGUGGCGGCGGGCAGCAGCCGGCCCAGGGGCCCGCCAUGCAGCAGCAGGUGCUGCUGUCCCUGAAGGUCAUGGUGGCGGCCGGCACCGCGUGCGCGUUCCACGUGGGAGGCGGCCAGGACUCCGCCUUUGAAGACGUGCCCGGCCUGCCGCGGUGGGAGUUCUUCAUCGGCGAUCCGCCGCAGCCAGCAGAAGACGACGGCGACCCGCAGCGGCCGCGCCCUCCCAUCUGGCAGCUGCGCACCGCUGAGCAGUAUGCCAUCUCAGGCGAGGUGGUGCUGUCGCCGGAGGUCGUGGACCUGGUGGGGGGCAGCUGCCUGCUGGAGCCGCUGGGCGACGGCAACGCGUGCCUGCUCCAGCUGCUGGACGCCUACCAGCUGCCGCCAGAGGCGCGCUGCCGCGCUGCGCCUUGUGAUGCACUGGCGCUGCUUGCCUCCUCGGUGUCGCACCGCUCGAUCCCGCCGUGGCCUGGGUGCGCCGCUUGCCGAGAGGCGUGCUGCCGCUGGCUGCAGGUGCAGGAGGAGGCGGACAGCGGCACGUCCCUGGAGCAGGCGGCCAAGCAGAUUGCGCGGGAGCGGGCCGCGCUGGCGGCGCUGCCAGAGGUGGCGCAGGGCCAUGCGCUGCAGCUGAUGCGCAUGCACCUGCUGGAGAAUGUGCGCAUCCGGGUGGAGGCAGGCCACAUCGACUAUGUGAAUGAGCUCAGGGUGGGCACGGUGCUGUUCCUGGGGUUCCCCUCCCUGCUGGAGCCGCCGCCGCGGACCGGCAGCGGCACGGCGCGCACAGGGCUGGGCGCGGUGCAGGCCUGCAUGGAGGUUGUGCAGAAGCGCAUGCGCCAGCACGACGGCAGCUUCCUCCAGGCAAGCGAGCGAGCGAGCUGUGGUUGUGCCAGACAUAGGUCGCUGGGGGCGUUCCGCUGCGACGAGAAGGGCUUCCUGGCCAUCUGCGCCUUUGGCCUGCCGGGGCGCAGCCACGAGGAUGGCCCCGCCCGCGGCAUCCAGGCAGCGCUGGCCAUCGUGGAGGCAGUCAAGCGGCGCGGCGGGCGCGCCUGCUGCGGUGUUACCACCGGCCAGCUGUUCUGCGCCAUGGUGGGGUCGCAGCGGCGCUCAGAGUACACUGUGUUCGGCAACGCCAUCAACCUCAGCGCCCGGCUGAUGGUGCGGGCGCGGGACCGGUUUGCCGACGUGUACUGCGACGCCACCACCCAGCAGCUGGCCAAGAACAAGGCGGUGUACCGCCAGCUGGAUGCGGUACGCGUCAAGGGGCGGCAGCAGCCGGUGGAGAUUUUCGAGGUGGCCUCGCUGGACUUGGAAGGGGCCACCGCGCCGGGCCAGCGCCUGCUGCACUCCCCGCUGGGCCCGCAGCCCCUCCCCGCCGUGCCGCCCGUGGCAGCAGCUGCCGCGGUGGCCGCGGCGGCAGGGCUGACAGAGGCGCGGAGCCGCCGCAGCAGCUUUGCGCCGUCGCCGCAGCAGCGGCUGUCAGGCGCGGUGCUCGGCAGCGGCGGGGCGCUGGAGAGCCUGGCCAGCGCGCUGGCGCCCCAGCUGCUGCAGCUGCAGCCGCAGGCAGAGGAGCUCCCGCAGGCGCCCACCGCCCAGGGCUCCGACAGCCUGGGGCUGGGCGACCGCCUGCUGUCCAUUGCCUCCACCGCGGCAGCCCCCAUCAAGCUCGCACCCAACGCGCCAAUGAUCGCCCGCGAGUCAGAGCUGGCAGCCAUCACAGAGCGCUGCGUGGAGCUGGUGCAGCAGAAGCGGGGCGGGGUGGUGAUGGUGGAGGGCGAGGCCGGCAUGGGGAAGAGCAGGCUGGUGGAGGAGCUGCAGCAGAGCGAGCUGGGCGGGGUGUAUGACAGCUGCAACCUGUUCCUGGGGCUGGGCAGGCGGGAGCGCAAGAGCCAGGCGUUGUAUCCAUGGCGGCGUGUGCUGCGCGAGAUGUUCCACCACGAUCGCCAGCUGGGCCAGGUGUACUGCCUGAAGGACCUCCAGCCCACGGUGGUGGUGACCGAGCUGGCACUGAGGCUGCAGGAGGGGGUGCCCGACUUUGCGCAGUGGCGCCACCUGCUGGCAGAUGCGCUGGAGCUGCCGCUGUCAGAGUUCCCUGCGGCGCUGCCCACGCCUGAGCAGCACAGGAAGCUUCUGCUGGAGCAGCGCCACCUCGAGGGAGGGUCGCCGCCACAAGGGCUGCAGGGCUCGCCUCCCCACCUGGAUUUUCUGGAGGCAGCGCAGCAGCUGGCAGCAACAGUGAGCACCAGCCCCGGUGCACUGCUCCAUUCCGCCGAAGCAGGCCUGGGGGAAGAGGAGGAGGCGUUCCUGUCCGGCCCCGACCGAGCGCGCUCGUUUGCCGCCCGCAUGAAGCGCUCAGCCAGCUUGACACUGGGCAUGCUGGCGCCCCGGCACCACGACCACGGCACCUGGGAGGUCCAGGACAGCGGGCGCAGCCAGUCGCCCACCGUGAGUGAACUGGACAGGCUGAGGGCCACCGCCACGCCAUCCCCCCGCAAAAUGUCUCGGAUCCUCAAGCAGCAGGAGGUAACCGUGUGGCAGCAAGCCAAGUUGGCGGCGGCCGCAGCAGAGCGACCAGCGCUGCUGCAUGGGGCACCCAGCUCCGUCAGCAGCGGUGAUGGCAGCGGCAGCGACAGCAGCAGCGACUCGGGGUCUUACUCCAGCAGCCCCGCUUCUUCAUUCACUGGCAGCGUGCACAGCAUACCCGGCACCCCGACGACAGCGCAGCUCGGCAGCGAGGGCGGUGGUGACGGCAGCGCGCGCCUCGGCAGCUCCAGCCUGCGCGGCAAGUCCAGGAACAGCAGCCUGGGGCGGGGCAGAGGGCAGCAGCCGUGGCCCAUGCAGCGCUCGGUUACCAGCAGGGCAGGGGUGCUGGCCUUGCGGUCCAGCACGCCAGCCAGGGAGAUCAGCACACACCUCAGGGCCAAGAAGGUUCAGGAGCUGGUUGUGGCCGUCAUCCGGGAGUUCAUCGCCGCCUACGGCCCACUCGUCCUGGUUCUGGAGGACCUGCACCACUUUGACACCGCCAGCUGGCGCCUGCUCACCACCGCCAUAGGCGACGAGGUCCUGCGCCAGAGCGUGCUGUUCAUCCUCACCUACAGGCCCAACUUUGGCGCGCUGUCGCCUGCGCUGCGGCAGCGGCCAGGCGGCAAGGAGCUGCGGUACCAUCGGGUGCAGGUGGCGUACCGCACCCUUCUCGCCCAGCCCUCUGCGCUGCACCUGGUCCUGCAACCCUUCAACGUGGAGCAGUCCUGCCAGUUUGUGUCGGCUGCUCUGGGAGGCGCGCAGGUGCCCCCCGAAGUGGCGGUGCUGCUGUGGGAGCGCUCCAACGGGCUCCCCUCCUUCCUGGAGCAGCUGCUGUUUGUCCAGACCCAGCUCCAGACGGCCGCCAACGGCGAGGUCGGCAUCUUGAGGCCCGGGCGGCACGGCACCGUGGAGGAGGUGCAGGCGGUGGCUCAGGCUGGGCUGGACUUCAUCCGCAACAAUGUGUCCAUCAACUCAAUCAUCACAGACCGCGUGGACCGGCUGCGGCCCGAGGAGCAGCUGACGCUCAAGGCCACCCACCCGCAGCACCCUCCGCUGCCUGCCGUGGAGGCCAGCCUGUGUGCGCUGGAGGCUGCCACCUUCCUUCGCCAGGACCCGCAGGAUGUUUCCACCUGGCGCUUCUGCCAGGUGCUGGCGCGUGAUGUGGUGUACGAGAUGGUGCCCAAGGAGCUGCGCCGUGACUGGCACGCCGCCGCGGCCGCCGCCAUGGAGGCCUUCUCCUCCGCCCAGUUCCGCCUGCCCCCCAGCACCAUUGCCUGGCACUGGAGCCAGAGCUGCCGCGACGUGGAGGCGUCGCAGUGGCAGCGCAGCUUCCACGCCGUGGAGUGGUGGGAGCGCUCGGCGGCGGCCUCGCUGGACAACGGCGGCUACGCCGACGCGCUGCCGCUGCUGCAGAAGGCGCAGGAUGUGGCGGCGGCCCUGGAGGACUACUUCACCGGCCACAGCCGCUCCUUCUUCCUCAUGCACCACCAGAGCCUGCUGGCCUCCUCCGGGGCGGCGUCGGUGGCGGAAGCCAUGGGCUCCCUGCUGCUGGCAGGGGCAUCCACAGGGCUGACGGCAGACACCGCGGCAUCCACACGAGGCUCUGCCAUGCCGCCAGUCCUCUCUGGAAGUGCCAACUUGCUGCCUUUGGUGCCGCGCCUGCGGCGGGCGCACUGGGAGCGGUGCAUGGCGGCAAUGUGCAUUGCUGCGGAGGCGACGGACGAGUCGGUGCACGAUGCCAAGGCUCACUGCCUCCUGGCGCUGCACCUGCUGGGGGUGCCACUCCCAUCCAGCGAGGAGUUUUGGGCGUGGCAGGCGGCGCAGCAGCACUGGUGGUCCGGGCCGCGGCUGUGGGGGGCCCUACCCGCCUGCGCCUGCGCUUCGGCCGAUGAGGACCCUCUGCAGCGGCGGGUUGCGGACCUUGAAGGCGGCGCCUAUGCUUGGAUGGCGCGCCCAGACGCUGCGCUGACCGGCAGCGCGGAUCCCAGCGGUCGCGGCAGCCAGUCAAGGGGCAAGCGGCGCGGCAUGCCCGCCGCCGGCCCAGCCACCCUUGCACCAGCACGUGCUGCUGCAGGUGUCCUGCCUCGCAGCAACAUUGCGCAGCUGGACAGCGGAGGCCAUUGGCAGCUUGUGCAUCCAUCCGCAGCCGCCCAGAAGCCGUCGCCUGCUGGUCGGCUUGGGACUGAUGGCAAGGAGCAGCAGCAGGCGCCUGCACCCAGCAAUGCCAGCGCCGCUGGCACACACAGCGGCGCUGACGGCAGCAGCGAUGCCUUUGGCUCCUUUGCCGCAUGGCCCUCACCCGCAGCAGGGCAGGGCGGUGUCGCCAGCGGUGCCUUUGGCUCCAUCUCGCUGUCGCCGACCAGUGCCGGCCAGCAGCCGCACGCCGAUAGGAUGCUGUUGGGCGUCGCUGCCGGUGACUCGCGGGCGCUGCUGCACCCCAGCCCGUUUGAGCUGCCGCUGGCAGCGGCGCUGCCAGCAGCAGCGGCAACAGCCCCGCCGCCCGCCGAAACAGAAGCUGCCUGCGGCACAGCGGCCUUGCCGGCUGUGGCACAGGCGGGCGGGCUCACUGCGGCUGCUGGGGACGGCUUGACAUUGCUCCGGCCCCGCAGCAGCCACCUGGCAGCGCUGCUGGACACAGCGGCAGCAGCGAACAGUGCGGCUGGCAGGCGCAGCGGCGCUCCUCCCUUGCCGCUGCAGCAGCAGCCCACCCCGCAGCUGUCGGCUAUGGUUGCCGCCAGCAGCCAGCAGCAGCGGCAAUCGGAUGGCUACCGCAGGUGGGAGGCUGCGGGGCUGCUGGCGGCAGCGGAGGCGGGGGGCGAGCAGCAGGAGCAGGUGUCGCAGCCGCAGCCGCAGCCGCCGCCGCCGCAGCAGCAGCCGCAGCAGCAGCAGCCGGCAUCGCUGCACCCACACGGCGACGUCGCCAGCAUGAGCGUGGGCCCCGCCUUCAGCGCCAGAGCCUCUGACCUUGGGCUGCACGAGCAGCAUGCGGCGGUGGUGCAGCAGCACCAGGAGCAGGUGCAGAAGCGGGCGGUGGCGUUUGGGCUGGCGGGGCGGGACGAGCGGUACAGCCCGCUGGCCAGGGCGGAGGCGGCUGUGGUGCUGGACCUGCUGUGCUCGCUGCUGGUGGCGCAGCCGCAGGUGGAUGUGGAGGGGCUGCGCUACGUGCGCUGGGCCUGCACGCACCUGCAGCCAACCGCCGGCCCGCUGUCGAGGUGCAGGGCGGGCGUGUGA